ACCAAAGCCAAAGACUCGAUUGACUCUGCUUGGGACGGGGUCUAUCUAGCUUUGCUGGUUUGAUGAGUAACAAUGACGUUGGACGGCAAAGGCAACCUCUCCAGCAUUCACAACAACUCGAAGUUGAGCGAUCAUCACAGCAGAUGAAGAAACCACGCCUUACAGUGUCCUUCAGUGGUGCUGGACAUCUUAUUGCGUAUCAUCUCGGCGUCUCAAAGUCUUUGCUUAACCACCAAGAUUUCUGCAACAGAAUCAAAAGUGUUUCUGGUUCAUCGUCCGGGGCCAUUGCGGCAGCGAUUGUAACGCAAAUACCCCACCGCUUAGAUGAAUACAGCGACCGCUUCUUGAAAGAACGAGGCAAAGCUUUCGAGCACUUUCGAGCACUGAUGGAGGAGGAGAAAGACAGGUCUAGAGUAAAGGAUGGCCCAAAUUUGCUUGUUUGCGCCACCAGGAGCUCCGACGGCUCGCCACAGUUAUUCCCAUUCACAGCUCCAUAUCCUGACCAAGAACGGCUCUUUGAUGUCAUUCGGGCCUCAUGUCAAAUUCCUGCGUCCUUUCAUCCGUUAGAUUUGUUUGCAAAGAAUCCCAUGACAUACGAAGGAGAAGGCAUCGAGAUUGACGGUACCUUAUACGUCGACGGUGGUGUUUCGGGUGUUUUCCCGCCAGCGAGGCUGCACGAUCAGGAGCAAUCUCAUCGUAUCCUUGUCACCCCCAUUGCCGUGACACUGACAGAGACCACAAAGGAAUAUCUAUCUACCCUUAUCUGCCCGCACAAAGGCGCACCCUCUAUGUGGAGCAGGUUCUUCACAACCAGGGAUGGAAUUGCCAUCGAACCAUCCGUUUCCAACAUUCAGUCACUGGUUCCAGCCUCUGGAAUGACCUCCAGCGAAGCCCUGGAAGACUGGUAUUUGCGAGGAAUGGACGACGGUGAAAGGCAAUUAGACGUCCUUAUGGAUACCGAAUUUGACGCGCAUGAAUCCUAGAUCUGAGCCCGCAUCCCUCGACCCAGACAAGAUGGCUGAAUCAAGAUAUCAACGACACGAAGUCACUGGAUUUUGUCAGGCUCCCCCAUUCCAACAGAUGCAAGUUCAGUUGCACCAGGUACCAGCUCUCUUGCUUUUCUUUGGAUACAAUGCUUGUCCUGGUCUCGGGCACUUUGACGCGGCAAGGACCACAGCAAAGAAAGUGCUUGUUCGAUACUCGGACAAAGACAACGAUCACGGAGUUCGGGUCAAGAAUUUUCAAAGCGAGAGGUGAUUUCCCUCCAACCCACUCGUGGUCAUGCAAAUACCAUGUCAAGACUCUGCCUUCCUCGAGAAACUCGUUGGGGUAAGAUCGAGGCUGGUAGGCACUAUCACGGCUGGCACUUGCCGGCAUGUUCACGAAAAGAGCCAGUCCAUCUUUAAAUUCAACAAAACCCGACCUUGGAGGAUACUGAAGUCGGGAUCCCUCUGGUAGGAUCUCGGAAUCCUCCGCGAUUGCCGCUUCCAGUAGACUGGUCAAACACUUUUCCUUCGAUCUUCCAGUCCGUUUCCCCACCAGAGACGACAAGAAUGACUGUUGCAAUUCAAGAGUCGAAUUUGGUCUUAUCCGAAGGCUAGCAGACGGCACUCGCACAAUGCCGAAGACGUCGGUAUAGGGUCCUUCAGCAUCCUCCUCUGGAACGCUCGGUAGCUUCGGCGGAUCGUCCGCUGUGCUCCAUGUCUGUGAAACGAUAAGAAGAGGUUGAUUGCUGAGUACCGACUUGGCCUUCAAUUUCUUCAUGACUGUGUCAUCCGUGUCAGGUUGAAGGAAGAGGAACCUCCACGAUGUCAACAGCUUGGAAUAAGUAGCAUCACCUUUCCACCUCCCAACUUCUGGGCCAGGCAAAAACACGGAGACCUCCAUUUCUUGGAAGAAUUGCUUUAGGAGUGCUUGAGUGACUGCUGCAUCAAGAGCAGCAUAUUCAAGCUGCUGCGCUGUUAGGGGGCGUUGACUCCAGUCGCUCACUUGUUGGGCCUUGUUCACAGACUUUUCCAGAAAGUGUUCUGUCAAACGACUCAAGGAAGAGCUUAUAGAAAGCCGUUGCAGAUCCUGUACAAGUUGAAAGCCCACCUUGAAAAGGAGCUUUGACUGGAAUAAUUUUUGUAAUGCAUCAUUCAAGGCUGUCUCUGUCUCCGUCGUGGCCU